CAGGAACCCUCAGUGCUGUGUCUAGAUUCUACAGGGGAGGUUUGCUGGGACCUUAACCCCACCGAGCCAGCGAAAUGGCAGCCACACUCGAUUUGAAAUCAAAGGAGGAGAAGGAUGCUGAGUUGGACAAGAGGAUCGAGGCUCUUCGGCGGAAGAAUGAGGCCCUCAUCCGGCGCUACCAGGAGAUUGAGGAAGACCGUAAGAAAGCUGAACUUGAGGGAGUCGCGGUCACAGCUCCCCGAAAGGGCCGCUCAGUGGAGAAGGAGAACGUGGCAGUGGAGUCGGAGAAGAACCUGGGUCCUUCCCGGAGGUCUCCUGGGACCCAUCGGCCCCCAGGGGCCAGCAAGGGGGGCCGGACUCCUCCACAGCAGGGAGGCCGGGCUGGCAUGGGCCGAGCAUCGCGCAGCUGGGAGGGCAGUCCUGGGGAGCAGCCUCGAGGAGGAGGAGGAGGUGGGGGCCGUGGCCGGAGGGGCCGGGGCCGGGGUUUCCCUCACCUCUCUGGAGCUGGAGACACCUCAAUCUCUGACCGUAAAUCUAAGGAGUGGGAGGAGCGGCGCAGACAGAACAUUGAGAAGAUGAACGAGGAGAUGGAGAAGAUCGCCGAGUACGAGCGCAACCAGCGGGAAGGGGUGCUCGAACCCAACCCGGUGCGGAACUUCCUGGAUGAUCCCCGGCGACGCAGCGGGCCCCUGGAGGAAUCUGAGCGGGACCGCCGGGAGGACAGCCGCCGGCAUGGCCGCAACUGGGGUGGCCCUGACUUUGAGCGGGUGCGCUGUGGCCUUGAGCACGAGCGGCAGGGCCGCCGAGCUGGCCUGGGCAGUGCUGGAGACAUGACGUUGUCCAUGACGGGCCGGGAGCGGUCGGAGUACCUGCGCUGGAAGCAGGAGAGGGAGAAGAUCGACCAGGAGCGGCUGCAGAGGCACCGCAAACCCACUGGCCAGUGGCGGCGCGAGUGGGACGCCGAGAAGACUGAUGGGAUGUUCAAGGAUGGCCCAGUCCCUGCCCAUGAACCAUCCCACCGCUAUGAUGACCAGGCCUGGGCCCGGCCCCCGAAGCCCCCUACGUUUGGGGAGUUCCUGUCCCAGCGCAAAGCUGAGGCCAGCAGCCGCAGGAGGAGAAAGAGCAGUCGUCCUCAGGCCAAGGCAGCACCCCGGGCCUACAGUGACCAUGAUGACCGCUGGGAGACAAAAGAGGGGGCAGCAUCCCCAGCCCCUGAGGCUCCACAGCCCACUUCCCCUGUGGAGACAUCCACGCAGCUACCCAAGAUCCCAGCUCCUGCCCACCAGCCUCCAGAAGACAAGGGGGAAGAGAACGAGGGGGAAGAGGAUGAAGAAUGGGAGGACAUAAGUGAGGACGACGAGGAGGAGGAGGAGAUCGAGGUGGAAGAAGGUGAUGAGGAGGAGGAACCAGCCCAAGACCACCAAGCCCCAGAGGCCGCCCCCACUGGGAGCCCCUGUAGUGAGCAGGCCCACGGAGUCCCCUUCAGUCCAGAGGAGCCCCUGCCGGAGCCCCAGGCCCCUGGCACGCCUUCCAGCCCUUUCUCACCACCCAGCGGCCACCAGUCCGUGUCCGAUUGGGGUGAAGAGGUGGAGCUGAAUUCUCCCCGGACCACCCACCCGGCUGGCGCCCUCUCUCCGGGUGAGGCCUGGCCUUUUGAGACUGCAUGAAGCUGGCUGCCUGUGUGUGUGUGUGUGUGUGUGUGUGUGUGUGUGUGUGU